UUACUCGCAAAUUAAUGGAAGACAAGAAAUGAAUUGAGCUGACGUGUACAUGCAAAAUUGAUGAUGUUUGGGUCUAGCAUUUGUCGUUUUGUUCUGUUAUUUGCCAUUUUGUUGUAUGUAAAUAUUUGUUGCUUUGCAAAUGCAGAAAAAAUAUCGGAUAAGCGUCUGUGCGGAGACAGAAGUUGUCAAACCCUGAUUUCUAAAGCAAGAACACUAGCAAGACAUAAGCCAACAGAUCCAGCAUUCCUGCCAUUUGAGAGAGGGGUGAUGAUUGAUAUUUACAGUAAAUCAGCCGGCAGUAGAAAGGACCUCUGGGGAGGAGAGGUGAAUGGUAGGAAAGGUUAUUUCCCACGAUCAUUUGUUAGAGAAUAUAAAGUUGAAAACCCAAGCCCUCAAUUUGAAGUUGACACUGAGCACCAUGUACCACUAGAAGAAAGAUUACGUAGUAACCCAGAUAGAAGACAAGUUCCGCAGCAGAAUGCACGCACAGUGAAACAAGAAAGCAGGCAGCAAGACACUCCACAACAACCACAAACCGAACCUGUCCAGGGACAUAAGGAAGAGAAAUCGGAGGAAAAAAAUGAGCAAGCUACAAGUGAACCAGUCGAUGAAACAGAGAUAGAUGACGAGACAGAGCUAGCGGAUGAUGAACAGGAAACUGAGAAUAUAGAAACUGGUUCCUCAGGUGGUAAAGACCCAGCUUCAGGCAGGGAAACAGACAGUCCUAAGACAGAAACUUUGGAAGAAGAAAAGCCAGCUGAUGUUGAUAAACAGGACCCAACUGAAGUAGAUGAGACUGAGAUUGCUGAAGAUGAAACAGAACCUGAACCUGAAGAGAACAAGGAUGAAACAGAGACUGAUGAGACUGAAUUUGCAGAAGAAGAAGAAUUAGCUGCAGAGAAAGAAGAUGAAGAGAUCAAAGAAGACAAACAUAAAGAUGACCACAUAGAUAAACCUCCUGAAGAUACCUCCACUGACAUUGUUGAAGAAGAGAAAGAAGAUGAGAUUAACUUGGAUAAAAUUAAAGAAACACUAAUCACUCAAGAGGCUGUGAAGAAAGAACAAGGAGAUGAGCCAAAUGAAAGGGAAGAACAUGUAGAUGAAGCAGGUGAUAAGAAGGAAAGAGGAACUGAGACAGCAGCUGAUGAAACAGGCAAUGCUGAAGGGGAAGGAUCUAUGUUUGGUAGCAUUUGGUCUGAUGAUAGUGAAGGUAAGAUAGCUGACAAUGAAGGUAUAGAUAUUAACCAUUUAUCACAUGGUGAACAUGCAGUAAAUAUUCCCAACCCUGAUAUUAACACUGGUGAUGAUAUUGACACUUUUAAAAAUGAGAAUAUAAAAUCUGGAGAUGGUACUAUGCAUGAAAAUGUAAAUAAUGGUGAUGACAUCAGUUUAGAAAGUGACGAUUCGGAAAUGCAUGAAGAUAGAAAUGAUAGAGAAACUGAAGUCAAUAAAGGUAUGAAUAAAACUGAAUCUGGUGCAGCUUCUGCUAUGGAAAUAGAGCAUAAAAACAAAGAUUUGGAUGAAUCCAAAAACGUUGAUGACAUUGAUAAAGCUAUUGAUACACCCUUAUCAGAAUAUGUAGAUGCUGAUAAGGAAAAAGUGUUCUUAGACUCAGUCACUAAACUAACACAGAAUGAUCCUCAUGACACAGAAAAGUUUGUAAAUGAUAUAGAAAAUGGAAAUGUACAUUUAAAAGAUAUAUUAAAGUCAUCAUUACCAGAUGGAAAUAAUGUUCAUCAGUAUAUAGUUGAACAUGCUGUCUCUGAUAAUCAGAUUCCUACAUCAGAUCCAUUAGAUACUGACCUGUUUAGUACUGAAAUGAAUCAUGAUAAACUUGACAAAAGUAAAGAUGAUUUAAUAAAUCAUAAAGAAACUGAAGGUAAAGUUUGGGACACUGAUGAAGUUAAAGAUGAUAAGGUUAUUGAUGACAGCCAUGGUUUGUCUAAAAAUGAAGAGAAAUUUAUUGACGUAGACAAAAAAUCAGAUAAUCAUGAAGAGACAGUUUUGUCUCAUAAUACAGAUAAAAGUAAAGUAAGGAUGGAAAGUCAGCUCAACAAUGCUCAGGAGCGAAAGGAUGAAGUUUUGCGGAAUACAGAGAAAGACAAAAUUACAAAAAUCAAAGAGGCUGAUAAAAUGACAGAAAAUAGAGAGGCAAGUACGGAUGCAAAUCAAAAAUUUGUCGACAGUAACGUAGAAGGUGGUAAUCCAGAAACUGAUGCAAAAACAAAUAUUACUGACAUAUUAACUAACAAAACAAAUCCUGAUAAGGACAUAGAAUCUUUUGAAGAUCCAGAUGCAAGAGAUAUAGAAAUUAUAAAAGAAAGUACACAAGACUUAAAGAAUUCAGAUGAUAGUGAUGCAAAAGAAAAUGAAAGAAUCAGUAUUGAAAAAGAAACAGCUUUUGGAGAUCAAAGCAUGGAUAAUUAUCAAACACAUGAGAUAAAGAAUAAUGCUUUGUCACCAGAAAUGGAUGUCAUUCAAAACACUAGAAAACAGAAUGGUGAAGAAAAAGUUGAUGCACAACUCAAUUUCGAGCUCAAACCAGACAAACAUAUAGAGAACAGUGAUCAAGCUGAUGACUCUGCUCUAGAAAGUAAAGAUAAAGUUCUUAACAAUUUAUAUAAUAAUGGUAAUGGAAAAGAUAAAAAUCUUAUUGAUGGCAGUAGAAAAUCUAUGAAGAAUGUUGCAGAUGAAACUGGAAUAGGUAUGAAGAAUGUUGCAGAUGAAGCUGGAACAGGUAUAAAGAAUAAUUCUAAAUCACUUAAAGAUGAUACCCUGCAGCACAAUGAAAGUACAUAUCUAGAAGAAGGCAGUAAUGGUGCGAAACUGACAGCAGAAAAAACAGAUGCUGAUAUACAGGAACUUGAUACAGUUGAAGUAACAGCUGAUGGGAGAACUACAUAUAAACUGACAAGAGACCCUGAAGAUAGUAGAAGCAAGAAGACUGUAGAUAUUCUGCGACAGGCUGAUAUAGAAGAGAAAAAAGCUGCAGUUGAUGAAGACAAGAGAAACUUUGUAGAUGUAACUAAAGACACGCAAGAUGAAGCUGUUAUGAGUCCAUUUCAAAAGAAGGAUGGUGAAACUGAAGGUAAAGAAAAUCAAGACUUACCUGCAAACCCAUCUAAUGAUCAGAAUAAGGACAAAGAUGUACAUGUAGAUGAUACACGUCAUGGUGUUUCAGUGGAUAGUGAGAAGCAAUCAGGGGAAGGGAAUGAUGUGGAUCAAAAUGUUUCUGACAACCAAAUGAACAUAGAAAGAAACGAAGAGACAGUAAAACUUAAUAAAGAUGAUGAAGAUGCAGAGAAGAUCAUUGAUAACUUUGAAAAAGUCGUUGAAGCUAUGGCAGAUGUAAAGGAAGAAGUAAAGGAUGUUACCUCAGAAGGUAUAGAAAAUGGUAAAGAUGAUCUGAAAUUUAUAAAUGAUAAAGGAGAAGUAAUUUCAGAAGGGGUAGACAGACAAAAAGACAAACAUGAAGAUGAACUGAAGGAACAGAUUGACUCUUCAGAUAGUGGUGUUAAAGAAAUAGAACAGAUUGAUAAAGAGACUAAUAUUCAUGGGGAUAAAAGACCACACAGUGUUAAUGUUGAUGAAGAACUUACUAAAGACCAAAAAGUAAUCAAUGAACAAGACCUUAGUAAAUUUGAAGAACUAGCAUCUGGAAUGAUGUCGAUUCUGGCUACACCAACAUUAAAUGAACCAAAUACAGACACUUCAUCUUCUGUUCCAGAAAGUACUAGACCUGUAGAUGUAGUUACUGAAGCCAGAGAUAGAGCAGAAGGUACACUAUUGACAGGUACUGAAGCUCAAAUAAGUGAAACAGAAUCGACUGUUGAAUCAGUGACUAAAACCAUGCAAGAAACAGUCUCUGAACAAGUCGAUACAAGUGUGAUAGAUCAGCAAAUGACUGUGCAAACAAGUGGCUCCGCUGUCCAAGGGACUGAUACAAUUGAACCAGUGCAGGACGAAACUAAAGGUGGAGGUGUUGUUAUUGAUGGUACCACAUUUGACGCUGAUUACUUUGGAGAUGAUGUGACAUCCGACAACAUAGAAGCAACAGAACAAAUAAUCUCAAGCACCUCUGUGGUGGAUAAUAGAUUAUACACUCCGUCAGGCAAUGUGAAGCCUACAAAACUGUUUGAUAUACCAGUGAAGGCUGAACAGACCUUGCUACCUACAGGUAUGCAACAGGAUAUUAUUAAUGCUCAGGAUUUUAAAACAGAGAAAGAUCAGCAGGCUCAGACAAAUGCCCCUGAUUACAUCCAGGCAUCAGAGACAGUUACAGAGAGACCAGCUGGUCAAGAAAACAUGCCUUCAGAUAAAGUCAGUGUUCUUGGCACAUCUUUCAAUGCUGUUACUUCGAAAGUAGAAGAGGCACAUACUCAGCCUAUUAAAAGUAUAGGAGUUGAUUUUGAAACAUUACCUAUAGAGAACAAUGAAACAGUAGUAAGUGAUAUUGUGCAGGAUCUGGUGCAACCCUCUUUGGAUCAGAAUGCAUACAAUACUGAUGUGUUCAUAUCAAGAAAGCCACUUUCAACAGAACCAGCUUCUGCUAAAACAAGUGUGGAAACAGAUGUGCAUGGUCAAGAAACCACUACUGAAGGUGAACCAGCUGUUCAGGGACAGGCAGAAACGAAACCUGAAAUAGAUGAGAAUAAUAAUGAAGUAACGGAAAAGAUUGUUGAAGAAGUUCCAAAGAAUCAAGGUGAAUGGACACAAUUUGCUCCUGAGGGCUCUUUAGACGAUUCUACCACACUUCCAACAACAGAAACACCUGAACAAAUUGAUCCUUACAUUGAACAUUUGUUAUCCAGGAAAGUUCCAGAUCCUGAGCUGGAUGAGGAGCUAAAACAACCAGAUGAUAACUUCAUGAAAAUUUUGGAACCAUACCUCAAGUCAUUAAUCAAUAUGCUACCACCCUCUCUGCAAACAGUUUUGGAACAAGAGCCCCUUGGACUGUCACCAACAAUAACAAUGCUUGUCUCUAUGAUUUCUACAAAUGUUGUAGCACUGCUAACCUGUAUGGGAUGUAUGUGUAAGAGUAAGAAGAAGCAACCAGGAAGGAAGGAUCCACUUGUUGUAAUAAGAGACCUGGAAGAGAAGUUGUUUAUAGCUACAAAAGAAAAAGAAAACUUAGAAGAUGAUCUACAGAUCAAAAACAAGAAGGUAGCAGAAAUGCAGGAAGAAUUAAACAGCCAACAAUCAACUACAGGAACUGUUGAAACAGACCUUAAAACCAUUAAGCUCUACAAUGAAUCAUUAAAGAAACAGUUAUCUGAGGUACAGACGGAGUUAGAGGAUUACAGACGGGAAGUCACGGAGAAAUCUCAGAUAGUUGUAUACAAGGAUUCCGAGCUACAGAACUACCAAGCUGAGGUACAGUCACUUACCCAGAGGGCACAAGAUGCAGAACUAGGAUUACAAAAGACCAGUCAAGGUUUAGGAGAGAAGGAAGAAGAAUUGAGACUCAGUCUACAACAAAUACAGUCCCUGUCAGAACAAAUACAACAGCUAGAAACCAGCAAACAACAACUUCAAGAUGAAGCUGUUCUCUGGUCAGAAAAGGUAAAAGAUCUCACAGAGCAAGUUGAACAGUUCUCUUCAGAGUCAAAGAGGAUGCAGGAAGACUUGGCAUUUAAAGAAAAUGAAUUAGAGGUGUUACGAGAUUGUUUCCUGCAAGUGAAGGCAUUCCAGGGAGAGGAUGAAAUGAAGGAAGAAACAGAAGAAAGUCCUGACCUUGGAGAAAAACUCAAGCAGAUGAUGGACGUAUCCAGGGUAAAUGCAUCAUUACGUUCUGUGGAGGAGGAAAGAGAUGUUAUUCAAAAUAAACUUCUCAUAGAGGUAGAGUCCCGGAAAGAGCUUGAAGACCAGGUUCAGUUACUGAAGCGUAAAUUUGAGAGUAAUCAGACAGACAAAAUGAAGGCAGAGAGACAAUGCCAGGAGGCUCAGACUAAAUUAGAGGUGCUUUCUAAAUACUUCAGAGAAAAAGAGGCCGAGUUAACUAGACAACUCGGUGAACAAGAGGUGCUAAAGAACCAAAAUAUAUCCAAACUCCAGUCAUCAGACAGCAUUACACAGGAACUAUCCAAAGAGAAUGACUCAUACAGGCAGCAAAUAGAAGAGCUCAAGACAGAAAUUUCGAAAGCAGAGAGAGACUUCAGAUCACAGAUUGCAGCUAAUGAGAAAAAAGCUCAUGAAAACUGGUUAGCAACUAGAGCAGCAGAAAGAGAAUUGAAGGAAUCCAGACAUGAGUGUGGAAUGUUGCGACAAAAGUUGACGGACUUGGAGAGGAAGUUGAUGCAAGGUCCACCACCCGGGGUGAUUCGUCCAAUUACACACAGAGCAAUGCCACCACCUGGUAUGCUGAAUGGUCCUCCACCUCCGCCCCCAGAGAGACCAGGAUCCCGAGGGUCAGUGCAUGGACAUGUAACCCCCAGGCUUAGGGAUGAUGACUACCGGGCCUCUCCGAUAGGACCAGAUCGAAUGCCACCACCUCCAGACAGACGACUCCCUCCAGGACCGAUGGGGCCACGACCCCCACCUCCUCCACUAGAUGCCAUGUCACCACCUCCAUAUGCCAUAAGACCUCCAUUCCCUCCAGACCGAAGGUCACCGCUGUCAUUUGAUAGAUAUCCUCCACCCCGGGGACCUAGACCCCCAUAUCCCCGUCCCCCACCUCCUCAUCUUAGAAGUCCCCCACCUAUGGGCUCCAAUCCACCUGAGCAUGAUGAUAGUAAGCAGGGAUGGUCUAAAAUAUCAGAAGACAUUGAAAUGAAAAUGUUGCAGUUUGUGUCACAUACUGACAUGUGGUACAGAUAUCCUUACAUGUAAUAAAUUCGGACACAUUGUGAUUAUCUUAGGGACCCUUACAGUCGAGCACCCCAAGGAAGUCGAGAUCGGGGACCAACUCGGCACCAAAGUCAAGUCUGAGGAACCCCAGAAAAUAAAUAUGGAGCCUCAGAAUAAACCAGUCGUAUGAUAUGACAUGUGACAAUAUUGUCCAAUCACAUGCUGUAGAUAAAUCAUGUGAUAAGUUCUGUGCAAUCUGUGAUUUAGAAAGUAAUUCUUUUAUAUUUAUGGUGAGUCUGAUAUUCUAUAGAAGAUAUUUUACGGAGUUCGAAUUAUACCUGUAUGAAAGAGAUGUAUCAGAAUUGGUUUAUGUUUUCAACAACAAGGGAAUCACUCUUGGGUCACACAUUUAGUAGAUAUGCAAAUAUAGUGCUUGUGUGUAGUGAUGCACCAUUUAGAAUUACACUAAAAAAACUUCUGGAACUGUUUGAAGAACUAGGAAAAUUGAGUUCCAAGGUUAUGAAACCAAUUUAAGUUUGGAGACUAGUCUAUUGGUCUGUGGAUAUGGUCAAUUUUAAAAUUGUGUUCAAAACAACUAAUAGAAUUCUAGAAUUUUAGACUGGACUUAAAACUUCAGUUGUACAACUUUGAGACAAAUAACAUGAAGUGCUGCAAGGUAUCUUAAUGCAAUAGAAUGCGUAGAAUUUAUGAAUUUUGUUCUAUUGUAGACUCUGAUAUUUAAAUGAGAAACCAAAAUGGUCUCAGUAUAAAAAUUAUCAUAUUAAGCUCAUUUUAACCUCAUUCAUUGAUAUUGUGCAAGUUACAUUAAUAGAGGGGUGUUCACAUUUCUUUCUUCUACAGGGAAAAUAUUUGCCAAAUAAUUUUCUGUGCCUGAUUUUUACCAGACUGUUUAUAGUCAUUGACAGAAUGUUAUAGUUCUUUAUUUGCUUUGUAUAAUAUAAAAAAUGGCAUUUCCAGUAUAUUGUAUUGCAUUAUAAAUGAAAGUUAACCCAUGUUGAGCAUUUUGAAGAGUUUAAAUGAGUAAAGUUAAUUUUUAGCCCUCAGUUUGUUGUUUUAUAUUACAAUUAUAGUAAAUAUGAUCUAGAUUCCCCAGCUCAUUAUCUGAAAAAUUGUAAUUUUCAUCUAUAAAUGAGCCACACCUUGAGAAAAACAACAUAGUGCAUUUGUGACCAGCAUCCGCAAGGUGUGGUCAGGAUCCAAGCUGUUUGCUUUCAAAUCCUAUUGCAAUUAGAGAAACCAUGCUGGUCGCAAAUGCACUAUGUUGCAUUCUCAUGGAGCGGCUCUAAUAUAAUUUUCGUGUAUUUUUUCUGUUUUAUUCAUUUUGUAUUUUGUUUCCUCUGCUUGAAUGUGGGCUAGAGGUUUAAUAUUGUUGAGUGAAAAUUUUGUCCUGUAACAGCACGAUGUAUUUCUGUUAAAUUGUGUUCAACAGCAUUUUACUAAAUCAAAUAGCUAGGUUGUGUGUAAAUUGACGAUGGUGUCAGGGUUAUGAUGGACGUGUGAUGGACUUUCAUUACACAAUGUAAGGUGGCUGUAGUCCUGGCCUGCCGAGUUGGCUUGAUCAGUAGAGUACAAGAGGUCACAAGUUCGAUCUCUAUUUGAGAUGAAUUUCGUCAAUGAAGACUUCUCUGAAGAUUAUAAUUGAGCUGCGCCAUGAGAAAACCAACAUAGUGGCUUUGCGACCAGCAUGGAUCCAGACCAGCCUGCGCAUCCACGCAGUCUGGUCAGGAUCCAUGCUGUUUGCUAAUGGUUUCUCCAAUAAAAGGCUUUGAAACCGAACAGCAUGGAUCAUGCGCAGGCUGGUCUGGAUCCAUGCUGGUCACAAAGCCACUAUGUUGAUUUUCUCAUGGCGCGGCUCAUAUCUUUAAAGUUUUAUCUUCACUCGGCUGUCAGACCUUUGUAACAGCUAUUUUAGCAUUUUACAGAUAUUUUCUCUGUUUUCCAAAAACAUAGUAAAUUGACUGUUAAUGAUACAGACACAAAACAAAAAGGUGCAGUAAGCAUGCAAUAUCUUGUUAUAAACUAUAUUUUAAACAUCAUUCAAACAUUUUAUGACAAAGCAAGUAGAUAAUAUUAAUAGACUAAUUGAAGAUCUAAUAAUUAUAUUAUAAAUAUGAUUGGAAAUGAUGAUAAGUUAUCAGAAUUAGAUUUUUUAAAGCUCAUAACGAGAUAUUUUGAAAUUAUUAGUACAAACGUCUACAAAUUAAUGGUGUUUCAAAGGCUGUUCUAUAUGCCACUGUGUACAGUAUAAGCAAAGAUAUGUGCAUCACAACAAUUUGCAAAGCACCAGCAGAAGAUGUUUUGUGAAGCAGAAAUGCUGGAGUAUGUUUCAUAAAUGUGACCGUUAAAAUGUUAGCAGUAAAGGAUAUAGAGUUGCUCUCAGUUAAUGUUUGCAGAAAUCACAAAUUACUUACUGGUACUGUAACAGUAUUCUGCUUGCUUGUCGUAUUUGAUAACUUUUUUUUUAACGAUUAUGUUGCAUGUCUGUAAAUGCUGUAAACUAUUCCAGAUGCUUUUAUUUAUUGUAUGAAUGAAUAAUGAUGUACAAAUUAAAGUAAUAAGUGGACUUUGUAUGAAAAUUGCUCAUCAGUUCACUUGUUAAGGUGUAAUACAGCACUAGUCAAGUUUUAUAAUGCAAUGAAAAUCAAGGUUGAUGAUUGUUAUUGUAUCUUAUUUCAUCAUUUUUGAUGAAUAUUAUGAAUAUACUGAACUUGAAGAAAUAAAUUUUUAAAAAAAUGAA